AUGAAUCAACUACGGGCUGCAGACUUGCUUCGGCGAGCGGCGGAUGCUUUACAAUCGGAAUCGGCCAGUGCAUCCGAUAGGAGUGGAGAAAAAGAACGGCCUGAGAACGCUAGAUCUGUUGCUCAAACAGUAAGAGGAUUGUUUUCCCCAUACAGUAGGCCUAUGCUUCGCAAGACCGAGAUUGGUAAAUAUAGAGCGACGGUGAAACAUAAAGGCCAGCCAAAUGAGAACGCUACAUGUAGCAACUGUUUGGAGAAGGGCCACUACGCCAAGGAAUGCACAAAGGAAAAAGUGUGCAGGGAAUGUAAACUCCCUGGUCACAUCAAGCCCGAGUGUCCUAAACUGUGGGUUGAUCAGGAUCAGUAUGGCGAUGCUGAUGAUGAGGACUGUAAAACUGAAGACGACAUGUGCUCCACGGACAGUAGCAGUGCUGGUAAUGAUCAAGAGGACGAUGAUGCAUACACCAGUACUACUGCUGAUGCUCCAGACAAUAAAGAGAUUUUCGUGGAGGCUUCUGAGAGCAAAUCGCGUUCGCGAAAACGUAAAGAAUCAAAAACCGCGAAAAACAAAGAAGGGAAAAAGGAUACACAAACUAUGCUAGAUAAAUUCAUGAAGAACACUCCUUCCAGGAAAUCAUCUCAAUUGAGUGCAGACCUACGCUCUCCUCCUGAGGACAUAGGUCAAACAGCAAAGAAAAAAUGUGAAAAAAGAAAGACUAACUUAUUCACCUUUUAUUCAAUUUAUUCAAUAUAA